UGGGAGCUGCGGGGACAGGCAGUGCCUUCUUUCAGCUGGCGUGCUCCUCAGGAGCCAGCCCCAGCCUCGGAAAAAAUGCUUUCCCUGAGGAUCCUCUGCCUGGUUCUGAGCGUGGUCAGCACAGUAUGGACUGCAGAUACUGGUGGAGAGUUUUUAGCAGAAGGAGGAGGCGUGCGCGGCCCAAGACUUGUGGAGAAACAGCAUUCGGCCUGCAAAGAAACUGACUGGCCCUUCUGUUCUGAUGAAGACUGGGGAUACAAAUGCCCUUCAGGAUGCAGGAUGAAAGGAUUGAUUGAUGAAGUCAAUCAAGAUUUUACAAACAGAAUAAAUAAGCUGAAAAACUCACUGUUUGAUUAUCAAAAGAACAAUAAAGAUUCUCAUACAUAUAGGAAUAUAAUGGAGAUUUUGAGAGGGGAUUUUGCCAAAGCCAAUAACAAUGAUAAUACGUAUAACCAAGUGUCAGAAGAUCUGAGAAGCAGAAUUGAGACCCUGAGGCGCAAAGUCAUUGAGAAAGCGCAGCAAAUCCAGCUUCUGCAGAACAAUGUCAGGGCACAGCUGAUAGACAUGAAGCGCCUGGAGGUGGACAUUGAUAUCAAGAUCCGCUCUUGCAAGGGGUCCUGCAGCAGGGCUUUGUCCCGGGAGGUAAAUCUGAGGGAUUACGAAGAGCAACAGAAGCAACUUGAGCAGGUCAUGGCCAAGCAGCUACUUCCCCCCAGAGACAGGCAGUUCUUACCGCUCCUCAAAAUGAAACCGUCAGACUUGGUUCCUGUCCAUUUCAAGAGCCAGCUUCAGAAGGCCCCUCCGGAGUGGAGGGCGUUGUCAGAGAUGCAGCAGAUGAGAAUGGAGUUAGAGCGGCCUGGGAGGGAGGGGAGCGCCAGCGCCCGAGGAGACUCUGCCUCUUAUGGGACAGGACCAGAGGCUGAAAGUCCCAGGAACCCCAGGCCCGGUGGCGCUGCACAGCGGACUCCCGGGAGCUCUGGACCCGGAGGUGAUGGAAACCCUGCUGCUGGCGGCGCUGGGUACCGGAACCCUGGGAGCUCUGUGCCUACUUACAGUGGCACUAGGAACCCAGGAAGCUCUGCAACUGGAAGCUUUAAACCAGAUAGCUCGGGCUAUGGUGGCAGCAGGCCUGCUAACCCAGACUGGGGUGAAUUUGAAGAAGUGUCGGGAAGUGUAAGUUCAGGAACAAGGAAGGAGUAUCACACAGACAAGCUGGUCACUUCUAAAGGAGAGAAGGAGCUCCUGAUCGGGAAAGAGGCCACCUCUACCGGCACGACCACUUCGCGACAUUCGUGCUCUAAAACCAUCACCAAGACAGUGAUUGGUCCUGAUGGUCGCAAACAGGUGACCAAAGAAGUGGUGAACUCUGAAGAUCCCGCCGACUGCGCAGGGGGCCCAGACUUAGACAUGCUACACGGCUUUAGUACCCAUGGCAGCCUGGAUGAACUUGCCCUGAGGCACCCUGGUGAAGCUUCUUUCUUUGAUACAUCUGCGAGUGGAAAAGUGACGUCAUUCUCAAGCUUACCCUCCACUUCCUUCAAAGAGUUCGGCAGUAAGACCCAUUCUAUGGGCACAGAAUCAUCCUUCUUCACGGGGGACGCUGACACUCAUACCUUUGGGGUCCCUGAAUACUCCACCAGUGGUGGUACCACUCACAGGAAACAAGUAGCAAGUAGCAGCACAACUUACAGUAAAGGAGGCUCCACAUUUGAAAGCAAGAGCUUUAAAAUGGCAGAUGAAGCUGGAAGUGAAAUCGACUACGAUGAUGCGGGGGAGGAGCACAGCGUCAAGAGAGGCUAUGUGAAAGCUCGUCCUUCUAGAGACUGUGAUGAUGUCCUCCAAACACAUCCUUCAGGUGCCCAGAGUGGCAUUUUCAAUAUCAAGCCACCAGGAUCCAGUAAGAUUUUUUCUGUUUAUUGUGAUCAAGAGACCAGUGUGGGAGGAUGGCUUUUGAUCCAGCAAAGAAUGGAUGGAUCACUGAAUUUUAACCGGACCUGGCAAGACUACAAGAGAGGUUUCGGCAGCCUGAAUGACAAAGGAGAAGGAGAAUUCUGGCUAGGCAACGACCACCUGCACUUACUCACGCGGAAGGGCUCGGUCCUCAGGGUUGAGUUAGAGGACUGGGCUGGGAAGGCGGCCUUUGCAGAGUAUAGCCUUUGGGUGGGCUCUGAGGCAGAAGGCUAUGCCAUGGAGGUCUCCUCCUACCAGGGCAGUGCUGGUGAUGCCCUGGUUGAGGGUUCUGUGGAGGAGGGGGCGGAGUAUACUUCUCACAAUGGCAUGCAGUUCAGUACCUUUGACAAGGACGCAGACCAGUGGGAAGAGAAUUGUGCCGAAAUCUAUGGGGGAGGCUGGUGGUACAACAACUGCCAGGCAGCCAACCUCAAUGGCAUCUACUAUUCCGGGGGAACCUACGACCCCAGGGACAACAGCCCCUAUGAGAUCGAGAAUGGGGUGGUCUGGGGUCCCUUUAGAGGAGCAGACUACUCCCUCAGGGUUGUUCGCAUGAAAAUAAGGCCAAUGGCAACUUGACGGGGGAGGAGGACGGUGGGGGAGAUUCUGUUUCCAUCCUUUAGCAAAAUGGAGAGAAAAUGAAGAUUCAAGAGUCAAGAUUCUUUACAAACUAUUGAAAAAUUUCCAGGUGCUAUUUUAUUACUGUUUGUACUGUAGCUAAUUGGAACUGAGAUAGAUCAGUGCUUUGAAAAAUAAAGUAUGCAAAUAUUUUUUAUCUUUAAA